AUUGCCGAUUUCUCGAACUCGACGACCGCCACCAGUACCGCUAGGUCACGAACGACGGCGGCCAUGGAGCCGGCGACGGUGGGGAGAGACGUGAAUGCGAGUAGAGAGGGGUGCUCGAGAGAGAGUGGAUGGCAGCGGCAGCCAUGGCAUAAUGAGUGGUCAUCGAUGUGCACCUCAAACAGUAAAUAAAGGGGUUUGAAAAUUGAGCGUUCAAUUCAGCGGAGAGUGGGAGUUUGGAAAAAUGAAGGGGUUGGGGGAAAUCCACCUCAAACAGUAAAUAAACCUUGCAAUUUUUGGUGGAUAAGUUCACCCAGCCAAAUAGUGAAAAGACGCACUGUUCACGCGGGCCUGCACAGGCCGCCGACUUUUUUUCGGGCCGCUGCUUUAUUUUAUCCAGGCUAUAAAACAAUGGAAUAACCCUGAUUAUAAACCGUUUCCAUGUUUAUCCUGUCUAUAAAACGCGUCCUCAGAGAGUAGCCCUGGUGAAUGUGAGAGCUCAGGAUCAUUUUCUUCUCCUUCUGAGAGAUACUCGGACGAGCAGGAUGAGUCAAGAGAAUCUCUAAAUAGUAGUGUGCAGUCGCCGGAAAUCAUGUCUACACUUUCAUUUAAUGACGAUGAAGCAAAAGAGAACGUGAAGAGGCUAAUGGAGAAGCUAUCAGCUGCUCUUGUCAAUGUCAGUGCUAAAGAAGAACUUGUCAAGCAGCAUGCUAAAGUUGCUGAAGAAGCUGUUGCCGGGUGGGAGAAGGCAGAGAACGAAGUGGCAGCAUUGAAGCAGCAGCUCGAGGUUGCAUUGCAUCAGAAUGCGAGCCUUGAAGUUAGAGUCACCCAUCUCGAUGGCGCUCUCAAUGAAUGCGUCAAACAGCUGAGACAAGGACGAGACGAGCAGGAAAAGAGAAUUUCUGAUGCCAUUGCAGAGGGAAAUAGCGAGUGGGAGUCCAAAAAAGUUGAACUAGAGAAGCAAAUUGCUCAACUCCAGGCCAGAGCCAAAGCAACAGAAAACAGAAAUUCUGUUGUUGUUAACGCGAAGUCUCUUCUAGUUCUCGAGAGUAUGGAGAAAGAGAACUUGCUCCUGAAGCAAGAGGUAUGCAAGGAGUUAGAAAGCAUAAUAGUCGAAAGGGAUUUAAGCAUUCAAGCUGCAGAAUCUGCUAGCAAGCUGCAGUUGGAGAGUAUUAAGAAGGUUGCUAAACUUGAAGCUGAAUGCAGAAGGCUUCAAUCUCUUGCUCGAAAAUCGUCUCCCCUGAACAAUUUGAUUCCCACUCCGCCUUCCCAUUUCUAUGCUGAUUCUUUAACAGAUAGUCGCUCGGAUAGUGGGGAGAGGCUGAAUGCAGUAGAGAUGGAUGUUUGUAGGACGAGUAACAUGGGCAGGAACGGGUCAGAACUAAGUUGUUUGGACUCGUGGGCAUCAGCCUUGAUUGCAGAGCUCGAUCAGUUCAAAAACGAGAAACUCUUGCCAAGUCGUCUAACGGCCUGCACUGUUGAAUUUGAUAUGAUGGAUGAUUUUCUCGAGAUGGAGCGCCUGGCUGCACUGCCUGAUACUAAGAACAGUACACCUCUUACAUUGUGUGAGUCUGCUUCGGGGGAAUCCAUUUUUAUGGAUAGUCGUCUGCUUAGAGCUGAGCUCGAUUCGAUGACUGAACAAUUAGCUGAAUUGGAAAAGAAGUUGGAGGAGAUGGAAGCUGAGAGGGCUGAACUUGAUGCUGCUUUAGACGAAAGCCAAGGAUCGGUCAGGGCAGCUGAAAAGAAGUCGGAGGAGCUGCAGAAGGAUCUUAAGGCCGUGACCGAGGCAAAGGAGCUGCUAGAGUCUCAACUUGUUGGAUUGGAAGUUGAAGCAAGGACCAUGUCAGUAAAUGUCGAUUUCUUGAACGCAGAAAUCCAAGACGAACGGAUGUUGUCAGCAGAAGUGUCGACCAAGUGUCAAGAAUUGGAGACUGAGAGUGUCUUACAGAAGAACACACCAAAUUCAAAUGGUGAACUUAAGAUAAAACAGGAGGAUCUAGCCGUGGCUGCUGACAAACUCGCGGAAUGUCAGAGGACGAUAGCGUCUCUUGGAAUGCAGCUCAAGUCUCUGGCUACGCUGGAAGAUUUCUUGAUAGACACGACCAAUGUACCCAAUGGGGCAUUGUUCUCAAGCAUGCCAAAUGUGCCUUCUUGGGAUGAGACGACCCAUUCUACAACGAUGGGCAGCGAGGAGUCAUUGGCUUUGUCAACCAUUCAUGUGACUGCUGCCAAGAGCAGGAAUGGUUUUGGGAAGUUUUUUGCACGGAGCAAGAGCGGUGUUGAGCUCAGACAUCGGCAAGAUUAGGGUUUAAGGUUUAGAGUUUAGGGCGAUAUCAAAUCCUGUUUGAUUGAAAAUUAUGGAUUGUCAAAAGCUUAUUGAGUUAAGAUGGUUUCUUGAUGUUUGUUUCAAA